UACAGUGACUCGCAGAGGCGGUGCUGCUUGGUUAGGCUACCGGAGGCCGUGAGACUGACGUUGCUUUUAGGCGGACGGGAAUAGAGACCAUGUUCCGAGCGGCGGCUCCAGGCCAGCUCCGGCGGGCGGCCUCAUUGUUACGAUUUCAGAGUACCCUGGUGAUAGCCGAGCAUGCAAAUGAUACUCUAGCACCCGUUACAUUAAAUACCAUCACUGCAGCCAAACGUCUUGGAGGUGAAGUGUCUUGCUUAGUAGCUGGAACCAAAUGUGACAAGGUGGCACAGGAUCUCUGCAAAGUAGCAGGUGUAGCAAAAGUUCUGAUUGCUCAGCAUGAUGCAUACAAAGGCCUCCUUCCAGAGGAACUGACACCGUUAAUUUUGGCAACUCAGAAGCAGUUCAAUUACACACACAUCUGUGCUGGAGCAUCUGCCUUUGGAAAGAACCUUUUGCCCAGAAUAGCAGCCAAACUUGAUGUUGCUCCAAUUUCUGAUAUCAUUGGAAUCAAAUCACCUGACACAUUUGUGAGAACUAUUUAUGCAGGAAAUGCUUUAUGUACAGUGAAGUGUGAUGAAAAAGUGAAGGUGUUUUCUGUCCGAGGAACAUCUUUUGAAGCUGCAGCAACAAGUGGAGGUAGUGCCAGUUCAGAAAAGGCAUCAAGUACUUCCCCAGUAGGGAUAUCAGAAUGGCUUGACCAGAAAUUAACAAAAAGUGAUCGACCAGAGCUAACUGGGGCCAGAGUAGUGAUAUCUGGUGGCCGGGGUUUGAAGAAUGGAGAGAACUUUAAGUUGUUGUAUGAUUUGGCAGAUCAACUACAUGCUGCAGUUGGUGCUUCUCGUGCUGCUGUUGAUGCUGGCUUUGUUCCCAAUGAUAUGCAAGUUGGACAGACGGGAAAAAUAGUAGCACCAGAGCUUUAUAUUGCUGUAGGAAUAUCUGGAGCCAUCCAACAUUUAGCUGGGAUGAAAGACAGCAAGACAAUUGUGGCUAUUAACAAAGACCCAGAAGCUCCAAUUUUUCAAGUGGCAGAUUACGGAAUAGUCGCUGAUUUAUUUAAGGUAGUUCCUGAAAUGACUGAGCUGCUGAAAAAAAAAUGAGUUACCAUAUUUCAAGAAGGAAUAUAUGUCAAAGUAUUCAGUUGAAGUAGAAAUUCAUGGCUAGUAUAAUCAAAAGUAUGAAGAGCUAAAUAUCGUAAUUUAAGAAAAAAUUCUCACAGAUGCCAGAAUGCUUUUUUAUGAGCCUGUUAUUAUAUUUCUUUUUAAUUAUUUGUGGUUCCAAACAAUUACUUUUUGAAAUUUUCUAAUUCUGUAAUAAAAUAUGUAAUAAUAAAACAUUUCCACAGCUUUAAAACUACUACUAGAAA